AUGGAUAUACUUUAUGCCAUCUACUUGUAUAUAGCAACUGCACUUCUGUUUGUCUUCCUAGCCUUUGUAGCUUUAAUACUCCAAAUUUUCAUCGGAAAAUCAAUCAAAAACCCGAAAUACCCACCGGUGGCCGGAACUGUUUUUGAUCAGGUUUUCUACUUCAACAAGCUCUAUGACUACCAAACAAAACUCGCCGGAAAAUACCACACUUUCCGGCUUCUUGCCCCAGGUCAAAGCGAAAUAUACACGACUGAUACACGAAACAUUGAACACAUACUCAAACCAACUUUGAUAUGUACUCCAAAGGAUUUGCUAAUGAGAUGCACUUUGGACUCGAUUUUCAGAGUUGGGUUUGGAGUGGAUUUGAAUUGUUUGGAAGGAUCAAGCCAAAAGGGAAGCUUAUUCAUUAAGGCCUUUGAUGAUUCAAAUGCAUUAGUCUAUUGGCGAUAUGUUGAUCCAUUUUGGAAGCUAAAGAGGUUCUUAAACAUUGGUUCUGAAGCUUCCCUCAAGAAGAACAUCAAAAUCAUCUUCGAAUUUGUCGAUGAAUUAAUCCAAACCAGGAGGGAACAACUCGAAAUGCAACAAAAUUGUAAUGACAAGGAAGACAUACUUUCAAGGUUUUUGAUGGAAAGCAAGAAGGACCCUGAGAAGAUGAAUGAUCAAUACCUGAGGGACAUAAUUCUGAACUUUAUGAUUGCUGGCAAAGAUACUACAGCAAGCACACUUUCAUGGUUUUUCCAUAUGCUUUGCAAGAACCCGAUUAUACAGGAACGAAUUGCGCAAGAAAUAAUCGAGGUUUUCAGUAAUCAGGCAGGCAAUGAAGAUGGUACUAGCAGCAUUGGGGACAUUGUUAAAAAGUUGAAUGAUGAAAUUCUUGAGAAGAUGCAUUACCUUCAUGCAGCAUUGACAGAGACCUUAAGGUUAUACCCUGCAGUCCCAAUGGAUGGGAGGAUUGCAGAAAAAGAUGACAUUCUUCCUUAUUGUUUUAGACUGAAGAAAGGGGAUGGUGUCUACUAUAUGUCCUAUGCAAUGGGCAGAAUGAUUGACAUUUGGGGAGAUGAUGCCCACGAUUUCCGACCCGAGACAUGGCUCAACAACGGGUUUUUCCGACCCAAGUCACCAUUCAAAUUUAUAGCAUUCCAUGUAUGUGAUAUUAUUUAUCAAUUCAUCUUGUAGUUAGGUGUAGGGUUGAUAAUCGAGUGAAGCUCGAAUAAUUUGACUAUUUUACAUAUAAAUGUGUCAAGCUUUGCUGACUCGAGUAGAAUCUUUU